AUGGUGAGUGCAACGGCGACGUUGCACAGAAGCGGCAGUGCAGGCGUUUUCGAGCGUCUCGGCGGUGAGUCGCGCAUCGGAGUGACGAUGCUCGGCAAGCGCGUGCGCCAGUGGGCCGAGGGUGCGGGCCUGGUGCUGCACCCCUCCAGCUCUGCGUGGCACGCGCUGCUGGCGUACUCGACGGAGCCCCUUAGGCACGAGCGGCUGUGGCGGCAAACGUGUGCCAAGGGCCGCUACCGGUUGUCAUUGCUCGCGCGCGCCAGGGUCGGCGACACCACUCACUCUGCCAACACGGUGCAAGAGCACAAGGCUGCUCAUCGGCCAUCGCAUGCUGAUCCGCGCCAAGAAGCCACGACUCAUGGGCAGCGGGGUCCUGCGAGGCGACGCUCCUUACCUUCGGCCACCCCUGGCGGUCUGAGCGCCUACCGCCGCCAGCAGGAGUACACGCGGCGGUGUCGGUGGCAGCUGUGGCACUUUUUCGAGCAGGGCAGACGCUACCUGACGAGUGUGUGGCGUGUGUCGCCCCUCCUUGACUGUCAGCGACGCCACGCCGUCCGCUACUGUGGCAAUAUCGAGUGCAGAACAACCUCUCCUGCAUCGUCGAUGUCACGCAUCUUCGAUGGCCGCUACGUGGUCCCGAGUGCGGCGAGUAUCGACGCCGCGCAAGAGGAGCACAGAGCACUGGAGAAGCGGGUAAACGUCCUGCUGCGUCUUCUGCGGCAAGAAAGCGGCCCCUCUGCGCCGACGAGCGCGGUGCGUUCUCGCAGCCAUGAAGGUGCUGUCAACGGAGCUGGAAUGGCCGCUUGCGGAGCGGGGGACAUGGCCGGCAGCACUGUCUGGGACCCGGAUGGAGAGGGGGCGGAGGAUGAGGAAGAGGCAAACGUGUACCACUCGGUAAGCCAGUUGCGGGGCAUCAGUGAGGCUGUGGCGGCUACGCAGCCAUACCUCGACGUGCGCGUCGAUGAGACGACGGGCCUCAUGCAUUUGAGCCUUUACGUCAACGGAGAUGCCGGCGGUAACGGUGCGGAAUUCGCCGACAGCAGCGUCGCCGGGUGCAUCGACAACCACCGCUGGGUGAUCCUGAAGGGCCUGUGGGCGCUACAGGUGCUUGUGUUCUGCUUCCAUCGAGAGGAGGAGCUGCCGUCAUCGACUGAAAAGCAUGUCGACGCGCACCUCAAGAGACAGGGCGGGUAUGACGAGCAGACGGAGCAAAAUGUGAGCCGCCGCAGCCGGAUAGUCGACGGACUGGUGGUCAAAGGCGUGGCGUUCGCCAAGGUGAAGACGGGGCACACUUUAGCGACAGCGCAGGACACCUUUGCAUGCACUCGCUGCGGACAAACGCGGCGUCGUCAUAAUGAAGUGUAUAUUUCGAAGAAGACAGGUCGUAUUGUAUGCGGCAUGUACUACUGCGUUGUGUGCCUGGCUCGCACGCACCACGUCCGUCUUCCACCCAUGAAGAACAUGCCGCCGGGUCUGCUCGGCGAGAGAGGGGCUUCCGUGGCGAAUGUUAGUUGGUUGCACACAUUGCGUGACGUCUCUUCCGCUCGAUCUGGCGCCUCGCCGUCGCAGUUUUCGAACACAGGCUUGUCAGACCUGCUUCCGUCGGCCUACGCGCAUCAGUGCAGCAUGAGCUCCGCUUGCGCUGCCGACGCACUGCAGUUACCGGAUGAGGCGGCGGCCACCGCGAUGCGAGAGUGGACCCGUGCUGCGGCUGCUGCCCCGCCUCCUGAGUGGCACCCCGGCGGUAAGGUGGACAGUGAUGAGCUCUUUGGUGGGACGCGCGGGUUGGGCUGCCCGCCUCCGCGACCUCGCAUGUAG